AUGUGUUGGCAUUUGAAGAGCGCAUUCCAAGAGCUUAUCGAUUCAAAUCAAAUUAUGGUCCAAAGCCCAGAAGUGCCAAACAUCAACCAAAUCCCUUUGCCAGCCCAUGCCAAAACGCACAUGAUUGAGAUCGUGCAUAAGGAUGGGGAGCCCGAGAAGCCUUCAAAGUCUAUCAUGAUGAUCCGUGCUAGUAAAAGUACUUCAUUCAAAACUCCAGCUGUUACAAAUACAACAUCCUCGACAGCUGAAGGGCCGACAGACAAGCUAAGCACGCCCAAUAUUAAGCCGCCCUUAUUAGUAGUGAAAGGGUUCCCAGAUGAUGUUGAGACAAAGCAAGGAAAGACGAAAGUGGCUGUGCCAGGAGUAGCAAGUAAGCCUGUCAUAAUCGUGGAAGGGGCUCGCAUUGCCCCUAUUGUUAUCAAACCCGUGACGCAACUGCCGAUAGAUAACACCAAGGUUGUUCCAUGGAAUUACAAGCAAGUGAUAGUAACUUAUAAAGGGAAAGAAGUGGAGGAGGAAGUUAAUGAAACCAGAGGUUUGACUCGUUCAGGGAGAUGCUGUACCCCAGAGGAAUUAAGGAAAGCUAAGCCGUUCAAAAAUAGCCCAAUCCCAGUAAACCAGCCAGUUACCGAAGAGGAGGCGGAAGAAUUCUUGAGAAAAAUGAAGGUGCAGGACUACUCCAUCGUGGAACAGUUAAGGAAAACACCAGCUCAGAUUUCUCUUCUAUCAUUACUGAUACAUUCAGACGAACACAGCCGGGCCCUCAUGAAGAUUUUGAAUGAGGCUCAUGUCCCUGAUAAGAUCACGAUGAACCAUUUGGAGAAGAUUGCUAAUAAGAUAUUCGAGGCAACCGGGAUCACUUUCUCGGAUGACGAACUUCCCUUGGAGGGUACAGAACACAAUCGAGCUCUUUAUCUCAUAGUGAAAUGUGAGGAUUCUGUGGUCUCAAGGGUACUAGUUGAUAAUGGUUCUAGCGCAAAUAUUUGCCCUCUCUCCACUCUGCCAAAGUUGAAAAUCGAUACUGAAAGGAUCCACAAGAACAGUAUAUGUGUUCGAGGUUUUGACGGAGGGGGAAAGGAUUCUGUUGGCGAUAUCAUGCUCGAACUGACAAUAGGGCCAGUCGAAUUUACUAUGGAAUUCCAGGUGCUAGAUUGGCCGUCUCCUACAAUUUAUUGUUGGGCAGACCCUGGAUACAUGUCGCCAAGUUGUGCUUACAAUGAUACAUCUGUCCCGUUUAUUGAAGCCGAAGAUGAUAAAGGGCCUUGGGUCUACCAAACUUUCGAAACAGUGUCAGUUGAGAAGAUUCUGGAGGGGAAAUUCAUUCCAAGCCCAAAGCAAGCCUCCGCAUCCGUCAUGGUAGCAAAUGAAAUGCUGAAGAACGGUUUUUUGCCGGGCAAAGGUCUGGGUUCAUCUCUACAAGGUAUCGUGCAUCCAGUGUGUCUACGUGAAAGUCUGGGUAUGUUUGGUUUGGGAUUCAAGCCCACAGGGGAAGAGGUAAAGAGGGUUAAAAGGUUGAAAAAGAAGGCAUGGUCACUCCCUAAGCAUGUUGCACACAUAUCCAUGUCCUUUGUCAAGCCAGGGGUCGUGAAGCGCCCUAUGUCAGCGAUCCCAAAGCCUGUGGCCGACUUUGAUGAAGAGAUGAUCAAGAGGUUCUAG